GGUCGAAACUGCCCGGAAACUUUAGUGGCGCUGCAACUUGCGAGUUUCACCCGGGAACUUUUCUCAACUGGAAGAGGAGAGGAGGGGUGCAAGAGCCCCCACUUGUGCUCUCUUGAUCCCCUCCUCCCCCUCUCCAAGUCGCCUUCUCCCACCUGGAGCGGGCACCGCGGGCUGGCCACCCCGCGCCCUUCUAAGCGCUCGCCGCUGCCGCAGCCGGGGAACGCGCCAGCCUCCCCGGGAGCCGGUCGCUCCGCGUCCCGGCAGCCGAGGCGAGAGGAGCCCGCACCCCGCGUCCCCAAGCCGCCGCGGCUGCUCGCCUUUCCCGGCUACUCGCCCCCUGCCCUGGGCCCGCGCAUGAAUCUCCUGGACCCCUUUAUGAAGAUGACCGACGAGCAGGAGAAGGGCCUGUCCGGCGCCCCCAGCCCCACCAUGUCCGAGGACUCAGCGGGCUCGCCCUGCCCUUCGGGCUCCGGCUCGGACACGGAGAACACGCGGCCACAGGAGAACACGUUCCCCAAGGGCGAGCCCGACCUGAAGAAGGAGAGCGAGGACGACAAGUUCCCCGUGUGCAUCCGCGAGGCGGUGAGCCAGGUGCUCAAGGGCUACGACUGGACGCUGGUGCCCAUGCCGGUGCGCGUCAACGGCUCGAGCAAGAACAAGCCGCACGUCAAGCGGCCCAUGAACGCCUUCAUGGUGUGGGCGCAGGCGGCGCGCAGGAAGCUGGCCGACCAGUACCCGCACCUGCACAACGCCGAGCUCAGCAAGACGCUGGGCAAGCUCUGGAGGCUGCUUAACGAGAGCGAAAAGCGGCCCUUCGUGGAGGAGGCGGAGCGGCUUCGCGUGCAGCACAAGAAGGACCACCCGGACUACAAGUACCAGCCGCGCCGGAGAAAGUCGGUGAAGAACGGGCAGGCCGAGGCGGAGGAGGCGGCCGAGCAGACCCACAUCUCGCCCAACGCCAUCUUCAAGGCGCUGCAGGCCGACUCGCCGCACUCGUCCUCUGGCAUGAGCGAGGUGCACUCGCCCGGCGAGCACUCAGGACAAUCCCAGGGCCCGCCGACCCCGCCCACCACCCCCAAAACCGACGUACAGCCCGGCAAGGCAGACCUCAAGAGAGAGGGGCGUCCUCUGCCAGAGGGGGGCAGGCAGCCCCCCAUCGACUUCCGCGACGUGGACAUCGGUGAGCUGAGCAGCGAUGUCAUCUCCAACAUUGAGACCUUCGACGUCAACGAAUUCGACCAGUACCUGCCGCCCAACGGCCACCCCGGGGUGCCGGCCACGCACGGCCAGGUCACCUACACUGGCAGCUACGGCAUCAGCAGCACAGCGGCCACCCCGGCGGGCGCGGGCCACGUGUGGAUGGCCAAGCAGCAGGCGCCGCCCCCGCCCCCCCAGCAGGCCCCGCAGCCCCCUCAGGCCCCGCAGGCCCCCCAGGCGCCCGCCGCGCCCCCCCAGCCGCCCGCCGCGCCCCCGCAGCAGCCGGCGCACACGCUGACCACGUUGAGCAGCGAGCCGGGCCAGUCGCAGCGAACGCACAUCAAGACGGAGCAGCUGAGCCCCAGCCACUACAGCGAGCAGCAGCAGAACUCCCCGCAGCAGAUGGCCUACAGCCCCUUCAACCUCCCGCACUACAGCCCCACCUACCCGCCCAUCACCCGCUCGCAGUACGACUACGCAGACCACCAGAACUCCAGCUCCUACUACAGCCACGCGGGCCAGGGCUCGGGCCUCUACUCCACCUUCACCUACAUGAACCCGGCGCAGCGGCCCAUGUACACCCCCAUCGCCGACACCUCGGGGGUCCCCUCCAUCCCGCAGACCCACAGCCCCCAGCACUGGGAACAGCCCGUCUACACACAGCUCACCAGGCCCUAAAGGAGAGGGACCCCGGGAUGCCAUCAGAGCGCACGCAUCAGAAAAGCAAAGCGAAGCCAGAGAAAACCAGCCACAUUUUGGGACGCUUUUUUUUUUUUCUUCCCUCUUCCUCCUUAAAGACAUUGACGCUAAAGGCAACGCGUACACAGAUUCCAAGACAGAAACUGGAUCAUUCCAAACGCAUGGCCAAACUUCUUGAGAAUCAGUGGCCAGGCCUCUCUGCUAGGUGGACCCGCAGGAGACAGGAGGGGCUGGAUUGAGAAACCUUCAACGCAAAGGUGGGCGCCCAUGGAGAAGCCUGCGACCAGUUUGCUCAAGCUCUCUGCCUGUUGGGACUUUGUAAUUAUUUUUUAGCAGUAAUUAAAGAAAAGAGUCCUCUGUGAGGAAUAUUCUCUAUUUUAAAUAUUUUUAGUAUGUACUGUGUAUGAUUCAUUACCAUUUUGAGGGGAUUUAUACAUAUUUUUAGAUGAAGAAAUUAAAAUGCUCUUAUUUUUCCAACAGCUAAACUCCUAGUUGGACAGUGCGCCUUAGCUUUUUUCUUGGAACCAGAGUAUUUUUGUACAGAUUUGCUUUCUCGUA